AUGUGCCAGUCGGCCGGCCCCCCCACCCCCACUCCCGGCCGGCCUCCGCAGCUAGCUCCGCGCCCCGGUCCGCGGCUUCCUCCCGCUCGGUGUCCCUCGGCGGCCCUCGGCGAAUCUCCGCCGUUCCCGCCCCCCGGAGAGUUCAAAAGGACGCGCGGAGCGGCGCCGGGCCCUUUCCGCGGCAGCCCGUCCGACUGGGAAGGUGAGCACGCGGAGGAGGGCACCUGGGGAGGGCGGGAGGCCCGGCCGAACCCGGGGGCCGCGAGCACACGGCAGUCGCCUCGGCCGCGGGAGCGACGCCAGCCCAGAGCGGCCGGAGCCUCCCGUCGCGGCCGCUCGGAAACGCCCGCCCGGGACAGCUGGUCCCACGCGCCGCGGGCUGCCCCGGGAGCCGUGUGCGGAUCUGCUCUCUCUCCACUUGCUGCGAUGACUAGCCUGCUAACCACGCCUUCUCCAGGAGAAGAGCCGAUGACCACCCCAAUCCUGCAGGCCACUGAAGCCCUGUCCCCCAAAGCCGAGGCCAGCACAGCACUCAUAGCAGUUGUUAUCACCGUGGUCUUCCUCACCCUGCUCUCGGUCGUGAUCUUGAUCUUCUUUUACCUGUACAAGAACAAAGGCAGCUACGUCACCUACGAACCUGCAGAAGGCGAGCCCAGCGCCAUCCUCCAAAUGGAGAGUGACUCAGCCAAGGGCAGGGAGAAGGAGGAAUAUUUCAUCUAAUGACUCCCGGGCCCCAAGGAGCUUAUCCAGGCUCCGGUGUUAACACACUAUUUAAUUUAUUAGGCGCAAGUUUUAUCUGAAACCAGUGAGAAGCACUGAUCGAUAUAGGCAAACCUGAGCUCUUUCUAGGACACAGGCCCAAAUGAAUGCCAGCGUCACUGACACCAGGGACACAGAGGAAACUGCUCAUGCUGUCGUUAGCCAGGCCUUUCUAAUAUGGCGGGUUUCUGUGGCUGCCCAAGAAGGUGGUGCUGUACCAGACAACAUGAGUAUGUGCCCAAUCAUCUUCAGUGUUUUCAAGGUUGAAGGGAAGGACAGUUAUGAGUCGCUGGCUGCUCCCCUAUCCCUUACCUGGUCAACUAGUUGACAGCCUGAGCAGAGAUAGUGUCUAGUCAUACUAGUUCUUGCCAGGUGCUGGAUACCAGAGUAAAAGGCCAGACCAGGAGGGACAGACUAUGGAGACCUCACCUCCUGAUGAAUGUGCUCCAUCUCCUGAGCCUUCUUCCUUUCCAUAUUCCCCAACAACCUUACACUGAUGCUGUUUUUUUCACAAUUAAAAAUGUUUAUUGAUAAUAGAAAUCCGA